CACCUGCCCGUAUAAAUACAUUGAGCAGUGGCACGCUGCUCAAUUCCUUUCUAGACGUUUCCAGAAACACCACGCCACGUCACAGACUCACACCACGGUGCCGAAGAUUCUGAGGAAAAUGUGGUUGAUAGGCCUACUUCUCAUCUGCAUUCCCUGCGUGACCGCAGAAGUGAAGCCAAGCGUCGCUAAAAGAAUAAGAGAAAUAUUCGAUAGAAAUGACGGGGACCACAACGGGGUGCUCAACUAUACAGAACUCGAGACAAUGUUCAAGAAUCGUGACGAAAACCACGAUGGUAAGGUCACGCGCGUGGAACAUAAGCACUACGUCAUCAAUGUGAAAAAUGAUACGGAAAAAGAUGAAGAAAUACUAUGGACAGCAUACGAUAAUGACGAUGACGGUGUUAUCACUAACGACGAUUUCCAUGCAAUACAUCAUCAAAUGGGAUCGGACGAUGCUGGGAAUGUCAGCUAUCUUAAUUUUGAAGAGUGGUUUGACGUUAACUUCUUCUCGAAGGCCCCAUACACAACGGAAUCCGGUCCAGCGGCGACAACCAAGAAAGGGGAAACUACCAAGAAAGGGGAAACUACCAAGAAAGGGGAAACUACCAAGAAAGGGGAAACUACCAAGAAAGGGGAAACUACCAAGAAAGGGGAAACUACCAAGAAAGGGGAAACUACCAAGAAAGCCACGGCAGCCACGACCAAAGUUAAAGGCUAAUGACAGCUUGCCCACGGUUACAGCAGAUAGGCUGCUAUGUAGUGGAGAGAAACCAAAAAUAACAGAAGAUUGUUAUAACCUAAAUAAAGCUUACGUUUAAAAAAGUCAAA